AUGGAUAUUAAUGAGUGGGUUAUCCUCUCUGAUGAUGGCUUUCUUGAUGAUGAGAAAGAGAUUUUCUUAGGAAAAAGAAACUCAUUCUCAGACUCAAUCAGUAACUUUGACAAAGAUUACUUUUGCACCUCCCCAAAAUCAACAAAAACCAUUCAAACCGAAUCCUCAAAAGUACCAAAACUACUUGUCCAUGUUCCAAUUCAAUUCGAACCCAAAAUUGAGAAAGUUCCAAGCGAAGAAAGUUUGGUGAAAGAACACAGUGACGAAGACAGUGUUUCACAAGUUUUCUUUCCUAUGAAGGAAAACAAAUUUGUUGACAUGAAAUUGGAGUCACCGAAGUCAUGCAGUGGUAGAGGAUUGUUUUCUCAACUUGAUGCAGUUGAGGACAUGGAGAUGAUGGCAUCUCCUAGAAUGAAGAACAUGGAGACAGACAACAACGUUGUUAUGUACUAUGAUGAGACAGAAGGAGAGAACAUGAACGGUCGUUUUAAUUUGUGGAAAUGGAGUUUGACAGGAGUUGGAGCUAUAUGUUCUUUUGGUGUUGUUGCUGCCACAGUUUGUGUCUUGUUGUUUGGAAGCCAACAAAGAAACAAGAAAGACCAAACUAUUAGGCUUCAGAUCUACACUGAUGACAAGAGGAUUAAGCAGGUGGUGCAGCAUGCAACAAAAUUGAAUGAAGCAUUUGCAGCAGUAAGGGGUGUUCCAUUGAGUAGAGCUCAUAUAAGUUAUGGUGGUUACUAUGAUCAAAGUGUUUGA